AUGUGGCUUAAUCCUGCAGAAUAUUACUGUAGGGUUUGUGAUAAACGGUUCAACAAGUUGAAAGCUUUAUGUGGACAUAUGAGAGCGCAUGGCAACCGAUCAUGGCGGGGACUGCUUCCUACUACUGAUCACCAUCCUCGUCCUCGUCCUCCAACCUAUGAGGCUUCUACUUCUACGGGGACGAGAAGGGAACUAGGGAUUAAUUUUCAGAGGGAGCCACAAGUGAAAGUCUCUCUUGCUUCUCCCAACUUAUUGGAUAUGCCUACUCCAGAGCCACAAGUGAAAGGCUUUCUUGCUUCUCCGAAAUUUGACUUGAAUAUGUUUCCUGCUACUGAGCCACAAGAGGAAGUGCCUAUCUCUCUGAAAUUAGAAAUGCAAGCUGCUCCAGAACCAAAAGAGAAAUUUGACUUGAAUGUUUCUCUGUCUCCUACUCCUGACCCACCAGAGGCCGACCAUGAUUCUCAUGAGAAGUUGAACUUCGAUUUAAAUGAAGCUUCCGAAGAGGACGAAGCCAAUGAUUACUGA